GCUUCUGCUGCUUUUCUCUUUCAUUCUCACUGUCUUUGCUGCCAUUCUCCCUGCUUCACGCUGCACGUUGUCUCUGCUUGUACCUGUUCGUGAGCACAAUCUCCUCAGCGGGCGCAUGCAGUCCGAUCUGCUGCACACUUCAAACCCCAGUAAGCCAGGGCGGGGCUGAAAGCUAUACCGCCUUCCAGACGCCCUGGAGCUUGCGUUACCUCACUGCUGCUCUGCCCUUUAGCGCGCACGUUGCAACUCGUGCGCUAUGUCGACCGGACAAUUGAGCAGACAGCGAUCGAAUUCGAGAAGCUCGUCAGUACGAUCAGACAGCAAGUUAAAGCCACCAACUCCAAGCAUCACUCCGGGCAGCGACGAAUUCGCAUUCGAGCCAUGUGCCGCCACCGCGUCCUUUCUACUCUACGCCCAGCGGAACGUCAUUCUGUGCCUCCACCAUGACACUUUGGCAAUCGAGCGCCGCUUCAAUCGCCACCGGGAGGACGUUUCCUGGCUUUCCGUAGACAAUGUCAGCGAGAAGGGUGCGGGCCGGCUGGUUGUGAGCUAUGAUGCAGGGAGCACGGCGAUUGUGUGGGACCUGCUCACAGGCGAUGAAGUGGCUCGAUUUGCUUCCUACGAGCAAAUUCGUAUCGCAUCUUGGAUGAGGAAUGGGAAUGUUGCUUUUGGCAAUGCACAGGGCAACAUCAUACUGUUUGAGCCCUCCACAUCUGAGCAUCUCUCUGCGAGGACAAUAUUUGAUCCAAUUACUGCAUUGGCUCCCGCCGCAGACUGCAGGACUUUUGCAAUCGGAUAUCUCAAUGGCUCCAUAUUAAUUGCAACACUCCAGCCUUCAUUUACCAUUCUGCAUACACUUACAACACCAAGAGCCCCUUCCCCUAUCGCGGGACUGGCUUGGCACGGAUCGUCGUCAAAGCAGAAGUCGGAGAUGUUAGCCGCUCAAACCUCCGACGGGGAUCUGAGGGUGUGGAGUGUUCCAAAGGUAUCGCACGGAGCAGAUUCACCAUGUGUGAUACGGAUCCUUAACAAGUCGGAGCAAAGAGAGCCUGGACCGUGCUGGUUUGCAUGGUCCAAGAAUGGGCGAAUCAUCCAAUACACGGAGGGUCAAACAUGCUCAUGGGAUGUUCGCACCAAGCGGGUAACGUAUGAUAGUGUGCCGACGAUUGAAGGAGUUGCCGCUAUCACCAACUAUGGCCCUACUGCCACCUUGUUUACCAUGGGGCGCAACUACACCGUCCAGCAGUAUGACCUAAACCCUAAUGGCACGCCUACCAUGGUGGCAAACGUGCAGCAUCCUCCUGCUAACACUCCACCAUCGCCCCCUAACUCUCUAGAUGAGAAGAAGAAGAAGUCUGAGACCCCCAUGACUGUGCACCAGCAUACCAAGUCGGCGCCGCUGAUGUUGAUUGAAUCUGAAAGUAGUGAAGGUGAAGGCGCUGUCAUGUCGCCACUUCAGAAAAUUGCACAAGAGAUGGACCAGUUAGAGGAAGAGCGACGAGACCGUGUUGGCCCCCUGAGUCCUGUAUCAAGUCGUGGCUCGCAAAGCUCGAGGUCUUCAGGAGGCUCACGUGGGCCAAGGUAUCGAUAUGACAAGCCCUCAACCCAGGGGAGCAGGUCGACAAAGAGCUCUGGAGGAACUGUGUUCUCAUCUGGCACGUCUUCGUUUAUGGGAACUUCGAGAGAGAGUAUCUCAAUUCGAUCCACGUCAUCAGCUGCCUCUUCGCGCUAUGGCUCCUCAGCUCUAAGAAAAGAAGUUUUGCGAAGUCCCGACGAAUCCCAUCGCACGAAGAACAUGGAUCUCUUUCCUUUUACUAAAGCUAGACUCAGCGAUGUGCCAUUCCGAACACCACACCUUGGUCAAGAACGAACCCCGGAUGAUCUACGAGCGCAAAUGCUUAGCGUCGUGUUUGGUUGGGAUAACGACAUUGAGGAUCUAAUAAGGGAUGAGCUUGCACGACAUCCUCCAGGCUCUGCCGCAGCCGUGCUUCUGUCAAAGUGGCUUGGUGACCUAGGUGCUGACCUGAUGGCCUCGAUGGUAGGCGCCGAAUCCAUGACUUCAUCCGACUGGAUGUUGCUCGCUCUAAGCGGCAUGGGUGCGGACUCUCAGAAAAAGGUGGGCGAAGCCUUUGUUCAACGCCUUCUCGAAAAGGGUGACAUCCAUCCGGCAGUCGCCAUUCUACUCGGUCUUGGUGAGCACAACGAUGCGAUUGAAGUAUACGUUUCCCGGAAAUAUUACAUGGAGGCCAUUCUCCUUACUUGUCUCCUUCUCCCUACGGACUGGGGAAGACAGUCGUUCCUAGUCCGUAAAUGGGGUGAGGUGGCUGUUUCAUACGGUAAGCCCGAGCUAGCUGUGCGCUGUUUCUCCUGCACUGGACUAGAAUCGUCUGAGCCGUGGUUCUCUCCACGUGCUCAAGAUGCCGUAUUCUCCGCACAGAAGCAACAUCUGCUUGGUUCUCAGCUGAGUCCACCUCUGUCUCCUCCAUCGGCCGGUCACAGCCGGAUCACUGCGAAGAUGUCCGCCCUCAAGCUUGUAACCGACUUCGGAGCAGGGCCAAAGCCGAAGCAGAUGGUUCCAGAAGACGACGAGCAAACCCCGAUGAAUCUUGGUGUCACCCCUAUCGCCGAAUCUGCCAUCAGCCCAGCGGUAGGCAGGAGCCCGUGGCUUACAGCGAGCGCUAGAACUGCACGCGACCCUUCUCGUGAACCUUCUUCUGCCAGAACAGCCACUCCAGGAUCGUAUCAGAGGAAGCGAUAUCCAUCACGUUCCGAUGCCGACCGAUCGACGACGAAUAACGCAAAUCUUGCGAGUUACCUCGUUCCAGACCGUGGUCACCGUGGCGAUUCGAUUCCUAGGACUGCUAUUGAUAAUGUUGGACGCGAAGCGGAGACGUUGCCUUUCUCUACCCGCAGAGCAUCUUCAACGGGAGCUCAGCAAGAGUUCAUCCUCACUCCUGCAACCUACGAUCCUCACAAAGCUAAGGAUCACUUACCCUCGCCUGCCGCUGGAGUAUUUGAGACCCUAAAGGAAAAGGAGUCCGAGUCCCGAAAUAGCUCACGCAGCCGGAAGCCUGACGGCCUUCACCUUGAGAUGCAAGACAAAGUCGUCGAACACGGCCCUGGUACUGGCUUUUCCACUAACCUUAGUCCACCAUUGACGGGCGCAAGUGUUAAGAGUGCCAAGGCUCGUAGCAUCGACCAGUACAUCAGCAGUCUAGAAGAAGCCAACUUCUAUGCCCGCCAGCGCGCCGAUUCUAGGACAGAGACAAGGCCUGGCUCUCGUGCCGAACCCCGUCCUAGCUCUCGUACUGAGCCUCGUCCAAGCAGCCGAACCGAACGAGCCCGUAGUCGCAACCGCGAUGCGUCCGAAUCCCGCGGCCGAUCUGGUGUUCGCUACAUCCGUCCAGCGAAGCGAUCUCCCUCAUCCCCUGUGCCCAUGUCGCCUGAAGAUGCGGGGAUUUACCAACGGACUAGAAAGGAAGCGGGCACCAACACUGAAAGCUUCGAUGACGAAAGGUACUAUAAGGUUGGCGUUACGUCCCCCAUUGCAACUGAAUCUGUUGCGAGCAGUCGCACUCAUAGAAGUAGAGCGAGGACAGGUUUAAGCAAGCCAAGGUCUUCGUCCAAGGUGGCGCGUCGUACGGAGUCCCCUGAGGCUCGUCCACGCGCUUCGAGCAGAGCAACCAGCCGUGCGUCAAGCCGACGGGCUCCUGACGAUCGGGGCCGUAGUGCAAACCGCGGUGAUGGCUCUGCUUUACGCUCGCCAGAGUCUCCUCAUCAAAUGUUCCGAGAGGAGACUGAAGCUAAAGAGGACUUCUCGCCUGUUCGUCCCCGUCAACGCAGCACCAGCCGUCGACCAGGUGAACGCGCUCCAAGCACUCGCCGGGAGACAUCUCCCGACCGACUCCUUCCCCGAGACCGCUCCAUGAGCCGAAAGGCCUCGGCAGGGCUCCGUGAAUCAAGCCGCUCUCGUGCUACUUUGCGAGAAUUAUCACCAGAGAGAGCUCAGGAAUCAAUGCCGGAAAGUCGGCCCCAAUCUCGGCAUUCUAACAUGUCCGGUCGCUCAGGACAAUUCUCACGACCAAUGACGAUGUCAAGGAGGGAACUCGCAGCCAAGGAGCUCGAAGAAAGGCGCUUGUCUCUUGCUCGACGCCCGUCUGCUCCCAUCAUUCCACACCCUGGAGAGCUCGCCCAACGCCCAAUCCCAGUCGAACGUUCCCAUACUGAUGGACCAGACUUCUUCAGCACAAUGCCGUCAUACCGAGAUCCAAUCACGCGAAGCCAAACAGCUGACCCUGAAAUCUCGAAGAAAUACUCACCGACUAACAAGGUUCCCAUUGGACCUACUUCGACGUCUUCGGUGCCGAUCGGACUGCCUGCUACUCCUCGAGCAAUGCGCCACCCCCGUUACAUGAGCACAGAUCCUAACGAGCGUGAGGGCAUUCCGGCUGUACCAACAAUCCCAGACCACCACAUUGGUUGUGUUCCUGACAAUACACAAGAAAGCACCCAGGAUGACCUGGGCCCCUUGCUUCCAUCAACCACGUUUGGUCAACCUGUAGGCCUAGCUCGAGCCGCGUCGGCUCCUCCUGAAGACAUUUUCCCUGCCAAUAUGCAGCGAACUUCGCCCAUCACAUCACAACCAUCUCAAGGCAGGCGUGGCUCGUUAAGUAACCGAGGACAUGCAAGGAUGAACACUUCGCCCGAUCUCUCCGCUCCACCGAACUACAAGCGUGUCAGCCCUCCUCCUAUCACCGCCAGCAUUGAUGAAACUAUCCAUGAGAAUCAGGUCGUCAUUCUCGAGCAAGACCUCUCCGCACCUCCGCUACUCGCUGAGCUUCAGCAUCUCGCUGGUCCACCGCCACCGCCUCCGCCACCGCUCUUCAAUCAUAGCCCUAAGAGUAGUCUCGGGGUCAUUAACAUUGCCAUUGACGAGGACUCAAGCGAGAAGCCUCAAGACUCGGUUUCGCCCAUCGGUGGACCCACGACGAGCCCUCCACCCAGUGUCCAUGGACACCGCCGUGGUCGUGGAAGUGUGAGCGAGAAUCUCGGGAUGACGUUCAAGCGAGUUACGGAGAGGAUGCGUAGUACCAGUCGCUCUCGGAACAAAUCUCCCCCUAUGCGUAAUGACAUCUCCCCAUACGAAAGUGUGCCAGAGUUCUCCUUCCCGCGUGGCGCAGGCGCAAGAUCACCCCACGAAGGCAACAAUAUGUUUCAACAGUUGCCUCCACCGCCCCCUCCGCCCCCUCAGCCAAUGGAGCAAGUUGUUUCACCUGAUGCUGAGGUUUCCAAGAACCAGCAAUUCCAGGGAUACCGGCACCCGAAGGAAGUCCGAGCCAACAUGCCACCACAAAUGUUACAGCAGGGCGUGUACCAACCUGUUGAGAAUUCCAUGAUCUAGGAAUCCUCAUCCCUGCUUUCCUGCCUAUUUUCUCUAGCUUUCCCUAUCUCACUCUCUUCUCCUCAAAGCGCGCCUGAUUGUUCUAUAUAUCCACUGAGACGAUCCUAACGACCAUUACCAUUCGCCGCCAUCCUUCAUAUCGAACCCGUUGUCAUCAUCAUUGUUUCAAGCGUAGCAUUGGUUCAUCAUUUUACGUAUCAUUUAGCAAGCGAGUCAGUCAGCAUCAUCAAAUAGUCGGGGGAGCUUUUUUCCGGACCGCGAAUUCAUCAACAUGGGGAAAGCUUCACGGCGGGAUUGU